CUCUAGGAGGCUGCCAAUUCGCAAAUGGUGGCGGGCAGUACUAGUACUAGUAGCCUGUGCUCAAUGCGGGUGUGUCGGAUAGUAUAGGUAGGGCGCUCUGCUAGUGCCAGUGGGGCCCGCAUUGCAUUGAUGGCCUCGCUGGCGACUAGGAAGCAGCCUUUCCUCUCCCCUGCUGCUAGUGUGGGACUGCACCCUCAGGUGCCUGACAUCAAGCCAUCCGCGCUGGUUCAUUUCAGUUGCUGCGCACCUGCACUGCAGCGCAUGUUUGCCACCACGAGCAGGCGUCUGCUGAAGCCAGGAGGUUGGGCAGCAUUGUACGCGCAGGAUCGCUUGGCCCAAGGAGCUCAUUGUGUCGGGGAGUAUGCGACAGACGCAAUGACGCAAAUGAGGGGCCAAUCACAAGGUGGCGAAAUGAUGCACAAUGCAGACACCACUCCAGCAGCGGUGGUUGCCCCUGUUCCCUCCUCCGCUGCCCCCCUGGGCGUUGUCCAGACCGAGCGGGGGACCCAAUUCGUAGUGGGGCCCUCGUUCUACAAGCCCGAGAGCACCCCGUCUAGGGACCUGGCGGUGCUUGCUGCGCGGGUGCACCAGCAGCAGACUGGAGCGGGGCUGCGGGUGCUGGAUGUCAUGAGCGGGUGCGGCGUGCGCGGGGCACGCUACCUGGACCAGGCGGGCGUGGAUUAUGUGUGGGCCAACGAUGCCUGGGACGAGACGCACGCCCCCCUGGUGGCCAACUUGUCGGCAGCGUCCGGGGACCCUUGGGGGUUCCAGGGCCCGGUUGACGCCUGGCAGAUCAGGCAGGCUGCCACCACCUACGCAAGGGCCUCAGAGGAGGGAGGAAGAGCAGAGGCCGAGCUGGCGGAAAGGCAGCGCAGCCAUCUGAGGGCGACCACCACUGACGGCGUGCGGGAAGACCCGGAAGGACCAGAAAUGGUUGCGGGGGCCGCGCGUAGCAUGGGCGGGCUUGGGAAGGACGGAGCUCUCGAUUCAAAGGAUCGAGAAGGACGGUUUGGGAAACUACGGGGGUACCCAGUUGGUUCUGAAGUUGCGGAUGACGGGACCUUGCAUAGGGAGCACGUUUUGGGAGGCCCCACUAGUAUAGAAGAUGGGCACAUCGGAAAGGGACAUGCACGUCUCAGUGGAGACGUUUCGAAAAGCUGCACAAAAACAUCGCCCGAGGGGACAGAAAGUGGGCGGAAACCGCGGUGGCGCGUGUCCCACCUGGAGGCGAGCAAGCUGUUGGGCAGCUGUAACCAGAACGGCGACUUCUACGACAUAGUGGACAUCGACUCUUUCGGAAGCGACUCGGCGUUCUUGGGGGACGCUCUGCGGGCCGUGCGUUACGGGGGGAUGGUCUACGUCACCUCUACCGACGGCUUCGCUCUGGCUGGGGGCCAUCGGCCGGCUGCCACGCUGGCAGCGUACGGGUCGUAUGCGCGGCCCGUGCCGUUUGGGAACGAGAUGGGGCUGCGCAUCCUGGUGGGGACCAUGGUGCGCGAGGGUGCGCUACGCGACCUAUUGGUGCGGCCCCUGUUUUCGCACUUCGCCCCGCACGGGCCGGUGUUCCGCGCGAUGCUGCGGGUGGACAAGCUGAACAAGGGCGACUGGGGCCACGACGACUUCGCCUUCCUGGGGCACUGCUUCGUGUGCGGGCAGACCCGAAAGGCCGCCUGGAAGCAGCUCGGGAACAUCACCUGCGCCUGCGCAGGGCCCGAGCAUCCACCGCGGCCGAUGGCGGUGGUGGGCCCCAUGUGGACGGGUCCCCUCCACUGCGCGGCCUUCGUCGACGCAAUGGUCGCGGAGAGCGGCCGCCACUCGUGGGCGGAGGGUUUAGCAGAGGGGUACGGGCGGCGGCCCGCGGGGGAGCGGCAUCGGCCGAAGGGCAACUCGGUGUACCCCUUCCGCGACCUGCCCGACCUGCUACAGCUCAUGCAGGAGGAGACGCAGCCGGGCCUGCCGCCCUUCUUCUACAAGCUCGACGACAUUUACAAGCUGGGCAAAGCGUCUCCCGUUAACAAGCUGGAGCUCUGCGCCGAACUACGCAAGGCUGGCUUUGUCGUGUCUCGAUCCCAGGUGUCUGCUGGGGCCAUCAAGACGAACGCGAGCAUUGCGGACUGCAUUGAAGCGGCCCGGGUGUGCCACGUGGCAGCCCAAAGGAAGAAAGACCAGAAGCUGGCGGCAAGGCAAUGACGCUUUCGCUUCUUGGCGCGCGUUUCGAUGCAGGCCCAAUCAGAGCGACAUAGAACAAAGCCUCGAUUUUCUCCACAAAGUGCUGGGACGUCAAACGUCUACCUUUUCAGCGUUGAUUUGAAAAGGGGACCGCUGGCCAAGGCUCAUGAGUGCACCCUUGUGCAUCCGGUUGUAUGGUUGGCCGGUUGGGAUACAAGACCAUUCACCUGCGUCCAACGGACGUGCCUUGAGCACCAUUACUGACCAGAAAGUACGGUAGCAUGCCAUGCUCCCGUCCUGGUGGCCUUACCUUCUUACAAUGUUCGGCCGCACUACUGGCA